AGUCAAGAAAUUAUAUAAUCAAAAGAAAUCGAAACUAAAAUAUGGAGAAAGACGCUAAAAUCUGGGGUCAAAGAUCACCGAGAAAAGGUUUUCUUCCUCUUUGACGUUUUGUCAUAUAGAGAUCUCCGUAAUGAUUAGAGUAGAUUGCCGAAAGCAUCAUCAUAAGAAUGACAUAGAAAAAGUUAUAAAAAGAAGCACAAUGUAAAACUCUCUCUUAUUCACCGCAUCUUAACCCCUUUCUCCCCCCAUAAUGCAAUUGACACCAUCUUUCAUCACUUUAGGCUUAGCCAUCUUGGCCGCAGUCGAUGCUGCUCACCUUCACAAACUCGCCACUCGUGCAGAUACAGAUUUCCAAAAGCCUGUGUUAGGAUACAAUACAUACAACGCAGUAGCAUGCUCACCGACCGAGCAAUUUGCACAAGCACAAGUUGAUGCUUUACAGAGUAAUGGUUAUUUAGCAGCAGGAUAUCAAAUGUUUCAAAUCGAUUGUGGUUGGCAAGCAACAGAUGGAUCAAGAAACAGUUCUGCCGGUAAUGCAAUCUCACAAGAUUUGAGUGCAUUCCCUUCAGGUUUGAAAGCAAUGGGUGAAUAUGCUACUCAACGUGGUUUCAGAUUUGGAAUGUAUACGGACGCAGGUGUGAAAGGAUGUGAUACAACUGUUCCUUCUCCAACCGCAGGAUCGUUAGGUCAUGAAUCGGCUGAUGCUGCUCAAUUUGCUAGCUGGAACUCUUCUUAUGUGAAGUAUGACAAUUGUUAUGCUUCAGGUCCAACUGCCGCUGAUAAUGCACCAAAAAAUCCAAGAACGGAUUUCAUUACAAGAUUUUCAGUAAUGACAAGAGCGUUACAUGCGAACGGAAUUAAAGGUGAUUUGACAUGCCAAUGGGGUGUACCUUAUCAAACACCAGAAAAUACGCUGGAAGGACCGGUUGACUGGACAAAGAACAUUUCUUCCUCUUUCCGAUUAUCCGAUGACAUUAACGAUUCAUGGGCAAGUGUCGUUCGUAUCUUAAAUCAAGCAAUUCCAAUUGCUGCUUCCGAUAAGACAGGACCCGGAUUCCAUGGAGAUGCUGAUUUGUUGGAAGUUGGUAAUGGUGGUUUGACAUUUGCCGAACAACAGACACACUUUGCACAUUGGGCAAUGCUUAAAUCUGCUUUGAUGAUUUCAACAGAUUUAACAAAAGCUUCUUCGCAAACACAUGAUUUACUUACAAACAAAGCGCUAAUUGCGAUCAAUCAAGAUGACUUGGGUAAACCUAUCAAGCUUGUACAAAGAUUCACAGGAGACCAUGAUUUACAUGCAGGACCUUUGAGUAAUGGAGAUUUGGCCGUUCAUGCAAUCAAUUGGCAAUCAAAUUCACGUUCUUUAACCGUUGACUUUUCCGCUUUGAACAUCACUUCAGCAAACGUUGCCGAUCUUUUUGCUGGAAGCACAAAGCAAGACGCUUCUUCUUACACCGCAAACGUUGAUGAACAUGGAUCUAUCGCUUUACGGUUGAGUUCUAUCAAAUAUUCCAACAAUGCAUCUCCAAACGUGGAUUGGAUUCCAGCCACUUCUGGUAAAUUAGCAGGUGAUACAAACGUACAAGACUGCAGUGGUUGCACUGGUGGUAAAAAGGUUGGAGAUAUUGGAAAUGGAAGUGGAAAUACAGUUACAUUCGACAAUAUCAACACGAGUGGUUCAACGGCAACAAUCCUGUUUGAUUAUAUAAAUUGUGAGAUUGGUUAUUUGAACAUGGGAACAAAUGCAAGAAAUGCAACAAUAAGCGUAAACGGUGGAUCUCCCGUCACUGUUAAUUUCCCACUUUCAGGUUAUAAUUGGGAUGCUGAUAUUGCCCAUAAUUACAGAGUUUCCCUUGAUGGAUUCAAGGCUGGCAGUGGAAACAGUAUUCAAAUUGGUGGAUCCACUUAUGGUCCUGAUUUGGAUCGCAUUGGUAUUUUGGCUUGAUGAUAACUUUUAUUCAUGUUAUAUUCUUAUGUCUCUUUAUUAUUUGUUCAUAUCGAUAAUCUUAUUCAUUAAUCAAUGAACAAACAAUGAGUGAAUUCUUUCAAUACAUCCGAUUGCAACCGGACUUCUUUCUUCUAAAAUCACAAGCCUAGCGCAGCGCUACUUGACCCGAUUCCGAUC